UUAAAUUAUUGUUAGUUGUUUGAUUUUGUUGUUCUACUUUGUGUUUUGUUGUAUAAUACUAUAGUUAUCCAUUUGACCGAAAAAAAUCCUAUAUUUAUCACAAAUGGCACUUGACAUAAAUUAAUUAAGGAUAACAAUACCAUAAUUACCAUAAUUGGAUCUCGCUGGAAACCCGUAUGCUUUUUACUUUAUUAUUAUUUUUUUGACCAUGUUGUCUUAAUAUAUUAUCUAAAGUAAUAAAAUAUUUCAAAGAAUGAGAUACUUCCCGGUGAAAAUAUCAAAAGAGAAAGACUUUAAGGGAGUAAACGGAUUGAUGCGUAAUUUAACUUGUGGCUGCUUCGUUUGAUGUACUACUAGUCUACUAUAGAAUCCAAUGAAACUAAUUUUAACGAAUUUGUAUUAAAAAUAUUAUUUUCGUCGCACCAACAAAAUAUUCGGGAGAUAAUACAUUACAGAUGAACCGAUGCCGCAUGCAACAAUGAUUAAAUAAUAGUUAUAUAAUUGUUCUUGUUAAGUGGAAAAUGUUGUGAAUUUCGCUGACUUUCCAUUAGCCAUCGCAAUAUUCUUUAUCUAAUGGCGCCCCCUCAAACUAUAUAUACAAAGUAACAAAAGAUUUAUAUAAUAGUGUUCUUUUCAGAUCUCCAUUAAUAUCUUUAUAAGAUCAGAGUGGUCCUUACGUAACAUGUGAUUAAACAACGAGACUGACCGGAAAAAGAAAGAUUAAACGCCUAAUAUAGACUGCAAGUGGACAUAACAUGUAUACAUAUAUUUGAAUGUGGUAUCAAUCAGAUCAAGCUGACAAAAAAAUAUUGAGGAAUCAAUUAUACACACAUAUACAUUUUUUCUUCUUCGUCGUCGAUGACUCGAUGUAUGUUUAGAGUUUAAACCAUACGGAAUCUCGCUACGUUAAUGACAUAACUGAUUAUCAAAAUGAUUUGGUAAGUAUAUAUUAUAAACCGUAUUUCAUGUUUAUGACUGUCACAAGUGCAACUUAUAUAAUUAGCAACAAUUUGCAUAUAUGUACUGACACAGAAAAAUAUAUCAACCACUUGUCGGCAAAAAACAUAUAUGCGUAAACAAUUAAUUUGUUAGAUUGAGCCAUUUAGGCAAAAAAUACAUAUAAGCGUAAACAAUUAAUUUGUAGAUUUAGCCAUUUAGGAAAAAUAAUUAUAAUUAAUUUGUUAGAAGAUAACAAAGAGUAUGUAAUAAGUUAACUAUUCGAAAUCAAAUUGCAAAUGUGUCACUAGUUUAGGAAAAAAAAUUGUGUCACUUGUCAUGGGCAGUUAGGUAUAUAAUAGAGAAUGCAAUAAGCUUUACUAACUUUUAAGAUAAACAAUUAACUGUACAUCAAAUUAAAGAAGAAAUAACACAUUAUUGAAUGUGAGACUGAAUGGUCAUUGGGGCGUAAUGUUUUUUUUUUCUUUUUUUUGACUAAAUUGAGGCGUAAUGUUUGAUCAACAAGAUCGUCUGAAAAUGUUAAGACGUGUUAAACUGUUAAUCAUAUUUGAAUAUGAUUUAUAUAUAAACCAAGACGAGUCAAUGUCUAUAUAUCUUGAUCGAGGAAAUGACAUGAAAUAAUGUUUUGUUAUCAAUUUCCAUUUAAAUACAUUUUAAUUUGGAGUUAUUUACAAAAAAGAUUAAACAUAAAGGUUCUUAUAAUUAUUCAAUGGACGUUUUGACCAUUCCUGUUCAAGACAGUCAUCUCCUCUUUACACUUUAUAUAAUUAAUGUAAGACAUUUUUUUGUCAACAUUAAUGUAAGACAUUAAUUCUUAUGUUAAUCUUAAUUGCAUUUACAUCAAAAUUUAAUUCUCAUGUUAACAACAUUUACAGACUGACUACCUUCUUUUUGUCGGAAGAUAUUCAAGUCCAUGUACUUUUAGUAGUUGAAUAUUAAAAUUGAUUUAAAACAUUACUCCCUCCUCCACAGACCAACUGUAACAAAAAGCCCACUGGACCAACUGUUAUUUUCGUUAAAAGCUGUCAAAAUCAAACCGAACUAAAUCUUGUUGGGGUUUGUUUCAUUUCGAUCGAAAUCAUUUAAAACCGGAAAAUAUCAAAAUUGGAGGAAAAUCGAAUCAAACCGGCCUAACGAACCGAAUGGUCAACACAUUCAUCCAUUUCAAAAUCAAAUCCUCAAAAAACCAGAAAAUAUCAAAAUUGGAGAGGAACCUAAUCAAACCGUCCUAACGAACCGAAUGGUCAAAACAUUCAUCUAUUUCAAAAUCAAAUCCUCAAAAAAAAAAAAAAAAAACCAAAUAUCAAAAUUCAAAAACCCCAUCGCUUCGAUGUAAGGACUUUGCGAAAACGAGCCAUGACUUAGUCUCCCGCCACUUCGGCUUCCAUGAGAAUCCUUCCCGCCAGAAUCUGGCAUCAUCAACUAUUCCAUUUACUCAUUCGAAUCGGCUUCUUGUUUGAAUUGCUUUCAAGGUUUCGAAACGAGCCUUAGGGAGACGGACAGGCUUGUGGCUGAGGUCGUGAUUGGUUACAAAGGGAGUUAUGAUGUUUCGGGGAACCAACUGUCUUUAGCCAAAAGUCUUCUACUACAAGGCAGAGAUUAAUGGUCAGUUAUAUUGCUUUGAAGUUAGACUCUCUAUUUAACAAGUUUACGAGAAUUAGCUUUGAAAUUCAGAAGUCAAGAGAGAAGCAAGUACCACGGUCAGUGUCUCUUACACAAAAAACCAGAGGAUUGAGCAUUGUUGGAGUCCUUCGAUGUUUCAAGAAAUCAUGAUCGGUUUAGCUCAAGUCCAGCUCUUGUUUUAUCUUAAAAACAGUAACUAACCGUAGAUCUCAUGCUUCAGUCUCACUGGUCUCUCUAAUCUUAAUGCUAGUCUUUCCAGGUACAUUCAUGGGUACUAAUUAACAUUGAUUGCAAUUUUUCAGAGAAAAAGUUAGUGUUUGACGCAAGUUAUGUCUGGAAAAAAAAAAUCUGACGAUAGUGGAACUAGUGUUAGGGUUAUUUCCGUAAACAAAUGACUCAAAAAAAGUUUUAAACAAUGGCUCCAUUAAAAAUCGCACUAAGGCAAGUAGCUCUCCCACUUUAACAUCUUCCUCCCACGCUGCAUCAAAAGAUAAGUCAAGAUAGGUGGUUCAUUCCACUCUCAUUGCUAAUUCAUUGAAUCCACCAUAACACAUUAUUACUUCGUUGAAACAAACAUUACAUCAUCAUCAUCUUCUUUUUAUAGAUGAAGCAAAACUUACUUCUUGCAGAACAAACAACAAAGCAAAACUCUGUUUCAAAUAGUUAUGGUGGUUCUACUAAACAUACGUCCUCCGUUUAUUCUUCUUUUUAUACUGUUGCUCUCGUUGAGGCUCUGCUUCAGCGAAGACAGGAUCACACUCUCGACUCCUAUCAAAGACUCGGAUACACUUCUCAGCAGAAGUGGUGUUUUCAGAUUCGGUUUCUUCACUCCUGUGAACUCCACUGGUCAUUUACGUUAUGUUGGGAUCUGGUACGAUAAGGUUCCAGUUCAAACCGUGGUUUGGGUUGCUAACAAAGACACUCCAAUCAACGACACUUCCGGUGUUAUUUCCAUCUCUGACGACGGAAACCUCGUGGUUACCGAUGGUCGAAACCGCCUUCUAUGGUCGACCAACGUCACAGUAACCGUAUCUCCAAAUGCUACUUGGGUUCAGCUAAUGGAUAAUGGGAAUCUUAGGCUACAAGACAACAGAAACAACGGAGAGACUCUCUGGGAGAGUUUCAAGCAUCCUUACAACUCUUUCUUACCAAGAAUGACUCUUGGAACCAACACUAAAACCGGAGAGAAUCUAAAGCUUACUUCAUGGAGAAGCUACGUAGAUCCUUCCACAGGGAACUACACAGCUGGUCUUGCUUCUUUCACGUUUCCUAAGCUCAUGUUUCCUGAGCUUCUGAUAUGGAAGAACAAUGUUCCAAUCUGGCGUAGCGGACCGUGGAACGGUCAGGUUUUCAUCGGUUUACCUGAUGUGGACUCUCUUCUGUUUCUUGACGGGUUUAAUUUGAUUAAUGAUAACCAAGGAACGUUCUCGAUGUCGUUUGCUAAUGAUUCUUUCAUGUAUCACUUUAACUUGGAUCCUGAUGGAGCUAUAUACCAGAGAGAUUGGAGUACUAGAGGUUGGAGGAUUGGUGUGAGGUUUCCAUCCACGGAUUGUGAUGCGUUUGGUAGAUGUGGUCCUUAUGGGAUCUGCAACUCUAGAGAGGAUCCAAAUUGUAAAUGCGUGAAAGGGUUUGUGCCGAGGAACAACACAGAGUGGAAUGCAAGGAAUUGGACUAGUGGAUGUGUGAGAAGAGCUUCACUGCAGUGCAAUGUAAGUAAUGGUGGAGGAGGGAAAGGAGAUGGGUUUUUGAAACUGCAGAAGAUGAAAGUGCCAAUCAAUGCGGAACAGUCUCUAGCUAAUGUGCAAGCUUGUCCUAAGGUUUGUUCAGAUAACUGUUCUUGCACUGCUUAUGCUUAUGAUCGAGGAAUAGGAUGCAUGCUUUGGAGUGGUGAAUUGGUUGAUAUGCAAUCUUUUUUGGGGAGUGGUAUUGAUCUUUAUAUUCGAGUUGCACAUUCUGAACUCAAAACACAUAGUAAGCUAGCAGUUAUGAUCACAGCACCAGUGCUAGGCGUUGCGUUUGUUGCUGCGGUCUGCGUUGUUUUAGCAUGCCAGAAGUUGAAGAAGCGUCCAGCAGCACCAGAGAAAGAUAGAAGUGCGGAGCUAUUGUAUAAAAGAAUGGAAGAACUAACGAGUGGUAAUGAGUCUGCUUCCAACCAAGUCAAGCUCAAAGAUCUUCCUCUUUUUGAGUUUAAAGUGUUAGCUACAUCAACAGAUAGCUUCUCUCCCGGAAACAAGCUCGGGCAAGGCGGGUUUGGUCCUGUCUACAAGGGAAUAUUACCAGAGGGGCAAGAAAUUGCUGUCAAGAGGCUCUCACGAGCAUCAGGACAAGGACUUGAGGAACUUAUGAACGAAGUAGUUGUGAUUUCGAAGUUGCAACAUAGGAAUCUGGUUAAGUUACUUGGUUGUUGCAUUGAAGGUGAAGAAAGGUUGUUAGUAUAUGAGUACAUGCCAAAGAAAAGCUUGGAUGCUUAUCUAUUUGACCCAUUGAAGCAAAAGAUUCUUGAUUGGAAGACUCGGUUCAACAUAAUGGAAGGGAUUUGCAGAGGUCUUUUGUACCUUCACAGAGAUUCAAGACUAAAGAUCAUACACAGAGAUCUAAAAGCCAGCAACAUUUUGUUAGAUGACAAUCUGAAUCCAAAGAUAUCUGACUUCGGACUUGCAAGAGUUUUUCAAGUAAAUGAAGAUGAAGCUAACACAACAAGGGUUGUUGGAACAUACGGGUAUAUGUCACCGGAAUAUGCAAUGGAAGGUUUCUUUUCAGAAAAAUCAGAUGUUUUCAGCUUGGGAGUUAUAUUUCUAGAGAUCAUAAGUGGAAAAAAAAACUCCCACAAGGACGACAACAAUCUAAACCUUUUAGCUUAUGCGUGGAAGCUAUGGAAUGACGGCAAGGCUAAUUCUCUAGCAGAUCCAACCGUCUUUGAUGAGUGUUUUGAGAAAGAGUUUACAAAGUGUGUUCAGAUUGGUUUGUUGUGUGUGCAAGAAGUUGCAAGCGAUAGACCAAAUGUGUCAACCAUGAUUUGGAUGCUAACUACCGAGAACACAGACCUCCCUGAGCCAAAGCAGCCUGCGUUUAUAGCAAGAAGAGGAUUUUCAAUCGCUGAAUCUUCUGACCAGAGCAGUCAAAAGGUCUCUAUCAACGAUGUGAGCCUCACAGCUGUAACCGGACGUUAAGCCCAAACAGCUAAUCUGUACGUUUAUUAAUACAUAUACAUAUAUGUUUUAAGAACCUUCUAUGUUUGCAAAGUUUUGUUAUUCUGUGUAUGUUUAAUGGUUA